AUGGCUAGCCAAAAUCAAGUAUCUAGCAGUUCUCCCAAUAUUGCCCUUAUCGCUAUCUUCGACUUCACGCAGAUAUUCGGGUUCAUUCUACUGGGCAUUGUAUUGCUCACAGCCGCACUAGCAACGACUGUCCGUAGGUCGCCGGCCUGGUUCAAUUUCCUGUCUACCUGGGUGUUGUCGUGUAUCUCUUAUCUUGUCACACUUGGUCAACAAACUGGAGAAAUGCCGCAUUCUUCUAUAUGCCUACUGCAAGCGAUGUUGGUAUACGCUGCACCAGCAGUAACGGUCACAGCUGGUCUGUGUUUUAUAAUCGAGAUGUGGCGAAUCGUAAGCCGUGUGGGUGCCUCUUCAGGAAGAGGAACCGUGACAUUUAGGGAUUACGGGAUUCUCAUCGCCGCUCCUUACGUCGUUCAUCUGACCAUCUGCAUUGAGGUCCUCGUUUUGGGGUUGAAACACCCUAAGUGGGUUACUCGAGACAAAACAUAUAUGUUUUGCCACCUAGAUUCCGCGCUUCCUGCAUACAUCACCGGCACUGUCGUUAUUUGCGUGAUUGUAAUAGCGAUGGUCUUUGUUGCCUCCACAGCCAUCCACAUCCGCAAACAUAUGGCUGCUUCUCGCCUUUUCCAAGGUCAACAGGUUGCUAACAUCCAGAAGAUGGUUGUUCGUUUCGGCAUUUUCACCAUUUUACCGGUGUUUGGAUUAGCCCUUUCGGUGGCCCAAGUCUCUGCAAGGCCGAGGGGCGUCGCUGAUGGAAUUCUAACUAUCGCUAUUGGAACGCGUGCGUGGAAUUGCGUAUUUAAUUCGCGAUCAUCUCUAAUGUUUCAUAUUUUAGUCCCUGCUGGGGCCGCUCUUAUUUUUGGCACACAAAGCGACAUCAUGCGUGUUUGGUGCUUUUGGAAGAAGCCAACAACGUCGAAGGGCCCACUCGACAUGCCUGCACGGAAGGUCUCAGAAAGCGUCUGA